CCCGCGCGCGCCACCGGCCCGCCCGCGCGCGCCACCGCCGCGGACGUUCACGAGCUCUACGCGCUGCGAUCCCAGAUCGGCGCGGGCGGCUACGCGGUCGUGCACCUCGCGACGCGCGUCAGCGACGGCGUCCGCGUCGCGAUGAAGAUCAUGGACAUGACGCAGAGGAGCGAGAGCGAGCGCGCGAACGUGUGGUACGAGAUCGGGUUGCUCGCGAAGCUGAACGACGAGCACGUGAUACGGCUCCACGAAUUCUUCCACGAACGAGACGAGGUGUACAUGGCGACGGAGUACCUCGCGGGCGGGGACCUCCUCGACGCGAUCGCGAACGAUGGCGAGUACAACGAGGACAUGGCGCGAGGGAUCUUUCGCAGGGUGCUGCGUGGGGUCAAGUACCUCCACGAGGAGGGCAUCACGCACAGGGACAUGAAGUUGGAGAACUUGCUCCUCGGCGCGAAGGACGACGUGAGCUCCGUGAAGAUCUGCGACUUGGGCCUCGCGAAGAAAGCGAAGGACCGGCUGAGAGGCGCGAACGCGGGGACGCCGCAGUACGCCGCGCCGGAAGUGUUGGCGUCAACUCCUGGGGAUUCGAGCGCGCACGCGGCGCCAGUGGACGCGUGGGCGUGCGGCGUCAUCCUUUACAUUCUCCUCUGCGGCUGCGCGCCGUUCACGCCGAAAAUAGAGGACGACGACCGGGAGCUGUACGAGCUCGUGAAGUCGUCUCCGGUGAAGUUCGACCAGCCCGUCUGGGCGAAACUGUCCCCGAGCGCGCGAGACCUCGUGCUGCGGCUCCUAGACAAAGACCCGAGAGCGCGUCUGAGCGCGAAGGAGGCUUUGGAGCACGCGUGGAUGCAGGCGGAC